AGGAACCCUGAGCCCUUAUGCAAGCCCCCGAUCUCAAGAGGAAACCCAAGGUUCCCCACAUGAUUUCGGGUCCUAUGAAUAAAAUCUAACGAAUAACCUCCGGGUUCCCCUAUAGCCUCCGGGUUCCAAUCAAAGAUCUCAGGGUCUAAGGAAGAACCUUCGGGUUCCUAUGUGGCCUCAGGUUUCCAAAGAUAAAAAAGAAGCUAGAACCUCUGUGCAGCCUAUGCGCAUCAGGGUCAUUACAACUUCAAGAACCUCUGGGUUCCAGUCAAAAGAUCUCUGGAUCUAAACCUCCGGGUUCCCAUACGGCCUCAGAGGUCUAAGUAUGAUUUCAGAAAAAUGGAUAGAACCCUUGUGCAGCUUAAAGCGCAUCAGGGUCAUUACAUCCCUAAAGAACCUCUGAGUUCCUAUGCGAACUCAGGGUCCAAAUACAAAUAUCAGGGUCCCAGUACGAUCUCCGAAUCUAAAGGAAAACCCCGAAUUCUCAUUUGACCUCAGGGUCCAGUUACAAUCUCAAAAACCUCCGGGUUCCAACUACGAUCUCCGGAUCUAUCAUAGAAUCUCUGGAUUCCUACACCGCCUCCGGGCUCAAGUCUCGGUCCCAGGAUCCAGAGAAAAGAUCUCCGGAUCUCCAAAAUGAUUUCAGGAGAACCUCCGGGCUCUUCCGCGACCUUCGGGUCCCCAGACGACCCUCGGGUCCUCAUGCAACCUCCGAGUUACAAGAUCAAUCUCCAGACUCCAAGAGUCCAUAUUCUAGCUCGAAACCUCCUGGUUUAUAGACUAUCUCCCUGGAUUCCAUCAUUCAACCUAUGAAAAGGGAGGGAUCAUAGACUACAAAGUCCCACCUCGAUCGAGAAACAGGCGGAAAGAUAUUCUCUUAAAGAAGAAACAUGCAAAACGCUACUGGAGCGUGCAAAGCAACUUCAAGGAGUAAAUAAAGGGGAAAAACCAUGAAGCAUCAUUAUUCAUAAAAUCAAGGAGGGCUAUAAAGAUAAAGAAAAAGAAUCAUUCAGAAAGAGGGCCCCUCUGAGAAUCGUAACCCCACAACAGAUCUCGGGGUUGCAGCCUGAGAGAAGCUCCCCUAUUGAUGGAUAAGACCUCCGGACAGGAACAUAUGACGCCGAUACUCUUCUUCCGGAUUCCAAUGAUCCACACGCCUCUCCAGCCAUUCCUUCAUAAGCUCCCAUCUAGAUGAGGCUUUCACUUGCUGAACUAGUAGGUCCCGGCGAGCCAUCAUGUCCUACACCUGGCUACGAAGAAGGAAUACCUCGCCAGUUAAUCUCUGGUGAGCGUCCACUAGAAGGUCACGGUUAGGCAAAAUCUCUGCACUUGUCGAUGAGAUCACUACAACAAAAUGUGAUUAUUGUGACCAAUUUUUGUGUCAAAAUAGUUGGUCAUAAUAUUAUGACGAAUUGUUGACAAAUUUGUGACGAAAUUAUUAUGUUACAAAAUGGUUACUAUUUUGUCAUAAUAUUGUGACAUAAUAAAAAGUAACAAAAUAAUGUCACAAUUGAUGACAAAUUAGUAACGAAAAAUUUCGUCGUUCAAAUUGCUAGUAUAUUUGCGACCAGAAUUUGUCACUAAUUUAUACUAUAUUUUGUGAUUAAAAUUACGAUAGUAAGUGUUAUAAAAGUGAAGCAGCUUCAUCGCAUUUUCUGACUAUUUUGGUUACAAAGUUAAAAAAAAACGUAAAUUUUUUUACUUUUAUCAAACACGUGAUUUUAAACACACAAAUAUCGUAUAGUGGACAGUUAUUGGAUCAUUCCAAAAGAUUUUCCCUCACUUUCAAAAAGCCAUUAUUUAUAUCUGUAAACAUGAGAUUCUCUAAAAUAAUCAUCAAAUAAUAAAAUUAGUAAAGUCAUUAUAUCUAUUGCAUAGUUUCUAUCGUGAGGAUAAACUAAACUAAUAAUUUGGGCUUCUUUAACGUUAAAUAUUUUAUGACCUAUAAGGAAUUCUAUUUAUCCUGAUGGUAACAAAAAAAUGUUUACUUCAAAACAUAAAUAUGAAAAACACGUGAGUUUAUAAAAUACAACUAAUUUGUAAUUUUGUGAUUAAAUAGUAUUUAAAAAAAAUCCAAUAAUAUAGACUAAAUAUUUAGGUCACAAACAAAUCUUCUUUGUUUUCAUCGUUUUCCACACCUCUGCAAAAUUUUCCAUCACAUCUCGAAUGGUUUUGUGAAUUCUAAAUAACACAAUGAGUUCUAGUGGCGAUAUUUUUUCUUCGAGAAGUUGGAUGUAUAAGCGAAUCAAUCAAACGUCUAAUGAAGUUUCUGAAGAAUUUUGUCAAGGUUUAGAGAAUUUUAUGAAGUUUGCGAUGAAUCAGCCACUGUUUUUGGAGACUGGGAAGCUUUUUUGUCCAUGUAUUAAAUGUGAGAAUGGAAAACUAUGCAAAGAAACAACAGUCUCUGGACAUCUAUAUAACAGGGGGUUUAUGCUUAAUUAUUGGGUUUGGAUUUCUCAUGGGGAAGACUACAAUAUUUUGGGCAACAAUAGUUUCGUGCCUGAAGAAACUUUGAGAGAUGAUUAUCAUUCAGAAGAAGAAAAUCCUUAUAUGGAGAUGAUUUCAGAUGUUCAGAACAUGGAAGAAGAACCUAAUCCCGAAGCAAAAAGAUUUUAUGAUCUUUUGGAGGCUGCAAAGCAUCCAAUAUAUGAUGGAUGUAAGAAAGGCUUUUCACAACUCUCUUUGGCAGCACGGUUGAUGAAUUUGAAGACAGAUUAUAAUCUGCCUCAAAGCUGUAUGGACUCAGUUUCACAAAUAUUGAAAGAAUAUUUGCCAGAAGAUAAUAUCUCUUUGGAUUCUUACUAUGAAACGAAGAAGCUUAUGCGUUCUCUGGGUUUGCCAUACCACAAGAUUGACGUAUGUCAAGAUAAUUGCAUGCUUUUUUGGAAAGACGCUGAAAAUGAAGAAACUUGUCGAUUCUGCAAAAAAGAUAGAUUUCGUCCAACUAAAAGGCUUGGAAGAAAAAGAGUUGCGUAUCGCCAAAUGUUUUAUCUACCGAUAUCUGAUAGGUUUAAAAGAUUGUAUCAGUCAAAAAGUACUGCAGUACACAUGAGAUGGCAUGCCGAGCACUUGACCAGGGACAAAGAAAUGUCUCACCCAUCAGACGGAGAAGCAUGGAAACACUUUCAAGAGGUAUUCCCUGAUUUUGCGAAAGAGUCCAGAAAUAUUUAUCUUGGGUUAUGUACAGAUGGUUUCAAUCCAUUUGGUAUGUCAUGACAUAAUUAUUCAUUAUGGCCUGUUAUAAUGACACUGUAUAAUCUGCCACCAGAGAUGUGUAUGAAACAAGAAUAUAUGUUCUUGACAGUUUUAGUCCCUGGUCCUAAUCAUCCUAAGAGAAGUCUUGAUAUUUUUCUUCAGCCACUGAUAGAUGAGUUGAAAGAUUUGUGGUCUAACGGCGUUCAAGCAUUUGAUAUUUCUACCAAGCAGAAGUUUUUAUUGCAAGCUGUAUUAAUGUGGACGAUAAGCGAUUUUCCUGCUUAUGGUAUGCUUUCGGGAUGGACCACUCAUGGUCAGUUAGCUUGUCCUUACUGUAUGGAUGAGACAAAUGCAUUUCAGCUGAAGAAUGGUAGAAAAACAAGUUGGUUUGAUUGUCAUCGGUGUUUUCUUCCAUUAGAUCAUAGUUAUCGGCGAAACAAGAAAAAUUUCAUAAGAGGAAGGGAUGUGACUGAUUGUCCACCUCGUUUGCUAUCAGGUGAAGAGCUGUGGCAGAGUGUCAACGGUUUGCCCAAAACAGUUGACUGUGGAGGGAAUCAUAGACGGUUGCAAGGAUAUGGUGAUACUCACAACUGGCACAAGCAGAGCAUUUUUUGGGAGUUGCCUUACUGGAAAUCUCAUAAACUUCGUCACAACCUUGAUGUAAUGCACAUCGAAAAAAACUUUUGGGAUAAUAUCAUCAAUACGUUACUUAAUGUGCAAGGAAAGACGAAAGAUGAUAUCAAAUCGCGACUUGAUUUGAAAGAGUAUUGUAACCGGAAAGAGUUGCAUUUAACAUCUGAUGGAAAGGCUCCAGUCCCAAUUUUCAGAUUACAAGCUGAUGAGAAAAAGACUUUUCUUCAAUGGCUGAAAGAAGAUGUUAAAUUUUCAGAUGGAUAUGCGUCAAGUAUAUCUGGUUGUGUUGAUCUAACUGGGGGAAAGUUAACCGGAAUGAAAAGUCAUGACUGCCAUGUUUUAAUGCAACGGUUACUUCCAAUUGCAUUUGCUGAGUUGUUGGAUAAAUCUGUACAUGAAGCUUUAUCUGGUAAGUAUAUUAUUAAUUUAUUAUUCUAUAGUUAAACUAAUGUUUUGUGAUUAAGAACACGCAGCUUUGUUUUCUAAGUAGAAUUCAGAUUCCUUUUAAUGUGAGAGUAUUAAUGUGCUUGAUCUCCAUGUUAUACUAGAACUACGUUACACGUUUAAGUUUUUAUUGCUUUUGAUGUUUUAAAUCCUAUGCUAUAACUUCUAGAAUAUAAUCAUUAUUUAUUUUUUACAGGCGUGAGUUCAUUUUUUCGGGAUAUUUCUGCAAGAACUUUACAUAAAGAUGGUGUUGCAAUGUUGCAUCGGAAUAUUUCUAUGGUCCUCUGCAAUCUUGAGAAGAUAUUUCCUCCAUCAUUUUUUAAUGUUAUGGAGCAUUUGCCAAUUCAUCUGCCACAUGAAGCUCAACUUGGAGGACCUGUGCAAUUUAGAUGGAUGUAUCCUUUCGAGCGAUACAUGUACCACCUCAAGAAGAAGAUCAAAAAUAAGGCUAAGGUAGAGGGCUCAAUCGUGGAACAAUAUGUGAAUGAAGAAAUUUCAACAUUUUGUUCUCAUUACUUUGAGUCGCACAUAAAAACAAAGAGUCGAACAGAAGAUCGACACUAUGAUGGAGGUGAUGAUCAAUACACACACCAACUUGGUGAUGUUCCAGAUAUGUUUUACCAACACGGGAGAAGCAGCGGUAAAGCGAAGGAUAUAUGGCUUCAAACAAAAGACUUUCAUCAUGCACAUACAUAUGUGUUGCUAAAUUGCGAACAGUUAAGACCAUUUGAAAGGUAUGUAAGAUCUAAAUUUACUUUAUAUUUUAACAAGAGCAAUUUCUUAAAACUUUGGUGUUUCUAAAAGAGAUUCAUAUAUAGGUUGUUUGAUGAGAGAAUGAUUGCUGAUCAUCCGGAUAUAAGUGAUAACAAUCUUAUCAAGCUUAAAGAAAAAGAUUUUGCAAACUGGUUACUAAAACAUGUGGAGGACAAUUGUGCGGAUAAAUCGUACCCAAAUUGGUUGCAGUCACUCGCACAUGGUCCAAUGGUAAAAGUAACUUCAUGGCCAAUUUAUUUUUCAAGAGGUUACAUAUUUCACACACAUGAUUAUGGGAAAGAAAGAAAAACUGCCAAUUAUGGAGUUUGUGUGAAGGGUACAGUAUCUUCUGGAUUGAGCGACGAGCCUGAUUUUUAUGGAAUAAUAAGAGAUAUUAUAGAACUCCAUUAUCAUGGACCAGUUGAGCUGAAAGUUGUGGUUUUCUUUUGUGACUGGUAUGAUUCAACCAGUGGAAGAGGUAUAAGGAGAAACAAGUCAGGCAUCAUCGAUGUUAAUGUUACAAAGCGCUAUGGAAAAUAUGAUCCUUUUAUUUUGGCUUCACAAGCAGAUCAAGUGUGUUAUGUUCCAUAUCCGCGGGUAACUCGGAAAAGAGAACAACAAUGGGAAGCAGCAAUAGUGAUACAACCAAGAGGAAAAGUUUUGGUUGAUGGAAACUUAGAUUUUACUGCAAUGCAGUCUGAAAAUGAUUCUCCAAUUAUAAAUGUUGAUUCCGUGGAAGUCGAGACGUUAACAAAUCUGCAUGGUCAAGUAGAAGACCUAGAUGAUGUGAAUGUUAACGAUGAAUCUGGUUCAGAUGAUGAAGAUGGGAAUUCAGAUAUUGAAGUGACAGACGAAGACUCUGAGUAAACUGGUCGCCGUUUGUGUUUUAUUUUGAUUUAACGUUUGCAUUUAUUUUGAUUUAAACUUCUUUUAUUUAACUUUGAAAUUUUAGGUAACGUUUCAUUCCGUUCAAUUCUUGAAAUCAAUUAAUUAACUUGUGCUUCAAGGAAAUCAGCCCCAUGUUCAUUACGAGUGAUGCUUAUAUAUGUUGCCGUUGAGCCAUCUUGCGAGUGUGUAUAAAUGAGUUAAGAGUAUCGGAUAACGACUUAUUCAGCUUCUGCUCUUAGUUGGGUCAAUUUUGUUUUACCUGAAAAGAAGAAAUCAUACGACUAAAGAUAGUCAGAGCGAGGUGUUCUAAAAGAGAUCGAGAAUUUAAAGUUCUUCAAGUGGCUUAGAGUUGGAGAUGAUGUCUCAUCAUUGGUCCCUGGAGAUAAGUUCUUGUGGUUUUAAUGAAAAUACCAAGAAGCUGUGAUUUAAGUUAAUGGCUGCUAAUGAGAGAAGUUGGAGUUUACAUAUGUGUGCUUGAAGUCGGUCACGGGGAUUCGAGGUUAAUAAUAAUUCAUAUGAAUCAUUUAAUAUUGUUUGUGGUGUUUUUCUGCAGUUAUAUUUAAUUACUUCUUGGCCAUAUUAUCUAUUUGAAAAAUCAUUGUAUCUAUUCUUUUAAGCCUUUAGAAGUACACGUAUAAGUGUAGAUGCACAUGUGUGUCUGUAGAGACCCAAUAAGCAAAAGAGCUUAAGAAAAGUACUAUUAUUGAAGUUGAACGAUUGAAUUAUCCCUCGCAGAUUAUUUUGUUUGGCAUCAAAUUUAUUUAUCGUUUGUGUCUUCAAAAGAUCAAGACGGUUAUAUUCUUCGGUCCAACAUGACUUCCCAAUUUGAAAUAUUUUCUUUAUAAAAAAUUAUCAUUGUAAAUAAGUGAUAUUUUUGUUAAAAUAAACACACGUCUUAUAAUUAGCUAGUGGGUAUCUCUAAUUUUUUUCAAUAGACCGCCUUAAAUUUUGUUAAGUGGAGCCAUAAACUUUUUAUUAUACCGCUUAAGUGCUGCCAAAAAUUUCACAAACCUAUUAAAACCCCAAAAUACACCAUUACCUAAGGCAUUUGAUAACCUCUGCCUCUAGAAACUCUAAGGAAGAGAUUAUCUUUCUAGAUUUUCUCUUUUAUUUGUUGCUCUCUUUGCCAUCUUCCUGUUAAGAAGAUGGCUUCGCAAACAAUAGGUGGGCGCUCGUACGGAAGUUCACUAAAUUACCGUUCUGUUGGUUCACAAGAUCCCAUUUCCCCUGCUCGCUCACCUACACAUGUUGCAAAUUCUCAACCAAGUGUGCAUAUGGAAGACUCGUAUGUAGUUCGUACAUCUUUACCCAUGCUCCAUCAUUCUCGAACGAAUGGAUCUAAAUGGUUUAAACACAACACCGAAGUGUCAACUGCAAUCAGAAAGAUCAUUCAAGGUUGUUUUAAAGGACCAUGGUACUCUUGGAAAAAAGUGCCACCUUAUUAUAAGCGAACAUGGUUUUCGAUGUUUAAGAAAAAGUUCAAUUGGGAUGCUUCGAUCAACUAUUCAGUUGAAAAGGAGUUUAAGAAACUUGCUGCCUAUCGCCUCAAAGGAAUGGUAAGUGUUGCAAAGAAAGGAGGAGUAAAACCUGACUGGAUUUUGUCUGACUAUUGGACCACUAUGCAAGCUUAUUGGGCAACACCAAAAGCUAAGAAAACGAGUGCGAGUGCACGUGCUUCUCGUUUGUCUGAUCGCAAUGGUUUAGGUCCGCAUCGACAUAGAGCGGGUUCAUGUUCAUAUGCCAAAGUUCAGGAUGUGCUGGAAGCAAACAACGAAGACUUCUCUUUUAUUGCUGUAAUGAAGAAAACACAUCAAAGACCCGAUGGAACUUACGUUGAUGAGCGAGCUCGAUUGGUUGCCGAAACCUAUGAGAAGCAUGUAGAAGAACGCUUGGGACAGCUCGAAUCUUCUGGUAUAGAGAAUGUAACUCUUGAGAAUCUUGACCAAUGUGAGAAAAAUGAGAUUUAUGUCAAGGCUGCUGGAAUGUCUAAACAGGGACGUGUCUUUGGACUUGGAGCACUACACAGUAAGUUGGUACCAUCCUUUGAUGCAUCAUCGAAUGCACCAGAAGCUUCUGAAGAAGUGGAAGUAAUAACACAAAGAUUGCAAGAGGUGGAAGCAGAGCUAAAACAGAGUCGCGAAGAAAAUCUGCAGUUUCAGAAAAGACUUGAGAACAAGGAGAAACUUGUUCAGUCUAUCACAAAUCUGAAUGUCUAGACCUGGAUUCACCACCAAAAAGCUCCCCACUUUCCAUGAAGUUUAUGUUCAUCUCGUGUUUUAGUUUGUUUAUUAUGUAUUUUGUUGUCUAUUUUCGUGUAAAUAUCUUUGUGAACCUAACUUUGUUCUAUGACUUGGAUGUUAACUUUUAUUAAGUAUUUUAAUGGUAGUUCACGUUUUUUUAGUGUUUCAUAUUAUAUAUAAUAUUUAUAUAUUUGAAAAUAAUGUCGUAAUAACAGUAUAUUAAUUUUGCCAUUUUUAUUUUAUUUUGUUAGUAAUAAUAUGUUACAAAAUUAGUAACAACAUAAGGUCACAAAUAGAAGACGUUUGUGACAACUUAAUUACUAUCCUUCCGUCCCUAAUUGUAACGCAUAUGUGUGACAUUAUUUUGGUCAAAAUAUAUGACUAAUGGGUGACACAAAUUUGGUAACAACAUGUAACGAAUCUGUGUCUAAAUGUGGUCACGGUUUGUGACGUAUUGUGACGAUUUAAUCGUGACAAAUUGUGGCGUUUUUGUGACUUUGAUAUUUCGUCACAAUUGG